AUGAAUACACGUUCAAGUGUACGACGUAAUUCAGGACUUUUAAAGUUGGAUAGUGGUUCCAAGAUUCAAAAAUGUAGACGUUCAAGUUCUUCUGUGCUAGAACCAUUAGAAGAUAUGGUCACUUGUCCAAUUGAUUUAAAUUUUCUAGACGAUCCAAGAUUAUUACCAUGUGGUCAUGCAUUCUGUUGUAAAUGUUUAAAUAAUUAUAUGGAAAAGCUUCCAUCAUCGAAUCAUGGGAAUUCAACUCAUGGUCAUCAUAAUACUACAAAUAUUACAAAUAAUAAUAACAAUAAUCAUAACUCACAUACCGGUAAUCAUAAUAAUGAUUUAAAAGAGACUGGGAACGCUUUCCCGUGUCCAAUAUGUCGAGCAUUAUGCCCUAUUCCAGUGACACGUAAAGCUGACUCUUUUCCAAGUGCUUUUAAUCAUAAAGCAAUUUUAGAAUUUCUGAAAAAUAAUCAUAUUAAUAGUUUUGUUUCACGUAUGAAUAAUGAUAAUAAUGAUACGGGUACUACAUCAACUGAUCCAAUGAAUAAAACCCCGCCAUCAGGUCGUAAAACCUCGAUACAAGUUAGCUCGAGAAUGUUGAACUAUAUCGUUGAUGAUAUUGCAUCGAAACAACGGGCUGGACGAAUGAAUGCCUUAGAUCGAGCUGUUAUUAUGGAUGAAGUGAAUAAACUUCUGGUUAAUUUACAACCAGUUGAUACUUCUUCACCAAUGUCCACUUUAAAUCAUCAUCCGUUAAAUGUGAAUAUAUCAAAUUCAUUAGAGAAAAAUGUGAAUACUACUCAUAAUGGUAAUGGUUGCAAUGGUGGACUGUCACCAACACCACCCACCACCAACAACAAUCCAACUGUAAAUACAAGCAUUACUAGUAGUAAUCAAAGUAAUCCACGUUCUGGUACACCAUCGACUAUAUCACCGACAAAUUCAAUACGUCAUUUAGGCAGAUUUUAUGCUGCAGCAUCACGUAUCCGUAGGAUAACGCUUACUUCAAUAUCUAGUGAUUUUAUUCAAAUGGAUAAUCCAUCUUAUGUAUUAUAUCGUGAUGCUGAAGGUCUACGUAUUAUGAUGGAGCGUAAUGCAAAAUUUCAUGUUCUCAGUAAAGGUAAAGAUUGUUGUAUUAUGCGACCGGGUGAAAGUUAUCAACCGAUAGAUAUGCAAAUGUUAACAAGUCAUAGUGGAGAGAAUUCCAGCGUACAACGAUGUACACUGACAACAAAUACAAAUCGUGAUGAAUUGGUGCUGUGGCGACAACAAUUACACUUUGAUAAUGAUCUCCUAUUCAGUCUGCAUCAUUCAUCAUCUAGUCAUAAUCAUAUAAUAAUAAUUGUGGAUAAUUCAAAUCCUAUAAAAAUUCAAUUUUUACGCUUUUAUGGUUCACUUAUCUAUCUGAGUGGAAUUAUUACACUGAAUACAUCGAAUGCAUCCACGGAAGGCGAAAAUGGUGGCGGUGAUGUUGGUGAUGAUAUAGAAGGAUCAGAGUUUGGUAUUCUUGUAUGUUGUACAAUUUCUGAUGACACUUCAACGAAUGGUUCCACUAGUCAUAAAGAUAACCAACAGCACCAACAGCAGCAGCAUACAUCGAAUCCAUUCCCAAUUAUAGCCACUUCUAGUUUAUUUUAUCGUGAUGCUGUCGGCUUAGAAAGACAAAAUCAACCAAUCAUCUUUGGGAUAGAUAUCGAUCAUUCAAAUGGGGAUAUUUAUAUCGCUCAACCAGCGAAUGCAAUGAUAUGUCGUUUGAAAUGUAACGAUUUAACUAGAAUAGAUCGUACUUGGUAUUUAAAUGAUCCUCAACUAUCACCGUACUUUCUGUGUUAUGCUAAAAAUGAACAAAGUGUAUGGGCUACAUGUCCAACUGAGGAUAAAGUAUUAAUUUUAGACAUUGAAGUGGAUAGUUAUUUUCAUUUUACACCGAGUGUUUCAUUUGGUAUUGUUCCAGGCCACAUUAUAUACACAUCAGAUAAUCGGAUUAUUUUGUUAGAUCAAUCAAAUUAUGAUUUGUAUUGGAUUACAAAAAUAGAAAAAGCUAUUUGUGUUCAACGUCUCACUUUUCAAAUUGUUAAUCAUCAAAGUAAAAAGUGUCAAAUUAUGGCUAUACAACCAGUGUAUAAUGAUGAUAUGAGUACAAGUCAAUAUGCUUAUUAUUCGCUGACUAAUCGUCAAUUAUCACCUACAAACUAUAAUGAUAACAAUAUUAAUAGUAAUGGUAAUCAUAAUGGUAAUAAUAAUAAGAAUAAUAAUACCAAUCACCAUAAUAAUAAUGAGGAUAAUAACAAGUCGAAAUUGUUUACAAAGUCUUCAUCGUCAAUAGCUGCUUCAAUUCAUAAACUACGCGGUGGUAUUGUCUGUGCUCAUAAUUAUGGAUGUUCUGUGAUUUAUCCACAAAAGUUAUUCGCACGUUAUAAAUUUAAUAAAAUGUCAUCCUGCUUAAAUUUAUGCGGUAAACUGUAACAUUGACAUGUUCAAUAUAUUUAUUUGUUUAUAUACUUGUUUGGUUUGAUUUGUUUAUCUGAAGUGACAUGACAACAAGCAAAGCGCCAUAUUUAUAUUUGAAUUUUAUCAACUAGCCAGAAAUACUUAUAUUAUAAUAACAGUGAAGAGCCUAAUUUCAUAC